AUGUCGAAGUUAAAGACAGCUGCGAUAUGGCAGAAAGCAGCCAAGAAAACAUCGGAAAUACCUGGCUUUGAGUCUCAAUGUAAAGAUAGAAUGCUCAAACACAGGACAAGCUUUUCGACAUUAGCUCAAACUGUUGUGGAUAAUAAACGUGCUGUUCAAAGAGAUAAAGAAUUAAAAGCCAAGACAGCUGAACUAGAGGAAGUCAAAGGUCAAUUGAAAAAGGAAAAUGAGGAGAAAAAGCAACUUCAACUUCAGCUACAAGAGCUUACAUCUAAUCAAACAGAAGCAAAUCAAAAACUCAGACAUUUUGCUGAUACUAAUGAAAAACUACGUUUGGAGUUGAAAAGAAAAUCGGAAGCUAUAGAUAAAUUGGAGAAACACAUUGCAGCUUCUGAUGAUCGAAUAAGGAACUUGGAAAUUAAAGCUUCAGAAGUAGAGAAAGCAGAAAUUACACUUGAAUCUACCAAGAAAUUGUUGGAGACUAGUCAAGGUGAUUGCAGGGGGAAGGACUCGGAAUUAAGAAGAAUGAAAUUGAAAAAUGAUGACACUGAACGAGAAUUAAAGGCAGCAACUAAAAAAAGUAAAGAUUUGGAGCUUACAAUUGAUGAUUUGAAGAAACAAGUUCGCCAAGAACUAAUGACAAAUGAAAGUAUAGAGAGGGGUUUACAAUCAAUUCCUAUUCUAAGAGAACAGCUAGCGGAACAAGAAGAGAAAAUAGGUGAAUUAGAGAAAGAGUUAACAGAAAAAACAGCUUUACUGGUUGCAAGUAAACAAGCUGUAAGAGAAUAUAAAGAUAAAAUCAGGGUGAAUAAUGAUAAGCUGACAGAAACAGAGCAAUUGAAAACUGAUUUAACCUUGGCACAACAUGAAAUAGAAACAUUGAAAACUUUGAUGAAAGGAAAAGAUACUGUCAUGAUACAAAAACUACAAACUUUAGAACAAGCUAAGAAAAUAAUAAACAGUCCUAAAUCUGAAGUUCAAUAUGAAGAAGUGAAUGAUUUAAGAUCAUCGAUAGAUAAAUUAAGUAAAUUAAUUCGUUCAGAUCCAAGUUUUGGAUUGAACAGAAGAACAAUGCCUCUAAGAUCUCAAUCAGCAUGUCAUAAAUCAACAUUUAUGACCAUUGGCCUGGUUGAUCAAAUAGAUAAAAGACAAACUAUAGAAGAUGAUAGAAAUAGUCGACCGGUAACAGCAAUAGUAUAUCCUAUUAGACCUAAUACAGUAGCUGGAACUCAUAAGAAUAGAAAAUAUAUUACAACUGAUUUUGAUAUAUUUAAUGAGAAUAAACAAUCUGAAGUAGUACACAAUGAGUGUGAUUCAUUAUCCAACGAUUCAUUCCUCGAUUCAUUCCUCUCACAUCGACGACAAUCAGAUGACGAAAUAUUCAAUAAUCUAUCAUCAAAACAACGUGAAGAAAUAUUAGAUAAUAUUAUUAAUAUUGGUGAUCGUGUUAAAAUUAUUGCCCCCCAGAAACAACCUAGAUAUGGACGUAAAAAAGUGAAUCCUUUAAAUUAUUGUGGAAUAGUUAAAUACAAAGGAUAUAUAGGUAAACAGUCACAUGAUGCACCACUAAUGAUAGGAGUCCGACUUGACCUCCCAAAUGGUGAUACUGAAGGUGUAGUAAACGGCACUAAUUAUAUGUUCACACCAGUCAAUCAAGGCAAAUUCUUCAAAAUAAGAGAUGUUACUUCAGUUUUCGAUAGAUAUAGUGGUAACUAUAGAGGUACAGAGAAAUUAAUGCUACAAUAUAAUAAUCAACAAUCAACAGACAAACAUCAUAAUAGUGAUUCCAAUUAA